UUCCCCUUGCCUGAUAUCUAUUUAAGUACAUUUUAGUAACUUUGAAUUUCUUGCUCACUUCAUUUCACUUGACUAGGCAGGACUGUGAGGGCUCAGAGCUUGGUCUUCUCUACUUUUUUUUGUUUGGUUUUCAAUUCUUAUUCCCAUUAAAGAGUCAUGUUAAAAAGGGUAUCCUGGAGCAUAUAAAUAAUGGGAAGAGUUAGUAAUCAGCUAACUGUUCUAUACAGUGGGAUAAGGUUUUGGCUUAACUGAAGAAAGCACAAUGCUGUACUAUUUCUGAUCAGGAAACUGGAUCACAGAAGUCUUGACUGAGUCAAUGGGAUUUUUAUUUGCACAAAGACCAAAACUCCUGAGUAAGGACCUGAAGGUUUAGCCUAUGGAAAAUAUCGACAGAGUUCACUAGAGGUCAAAAAUGCUGAAGGUCGAAAACAUAUUACGACACCACUUCUGCCAAAUCUACUUCAUUGAACUAUUUUUAACUCCUCACUAAAGAUGGGCAGCAAUGAGGCCAAAUGCAAGCAUGAGAGGAAGUUCUAAAUACAUCCAAGCACAGAUGACAAAAUUACACAAAAGGUUUGUGCCUGCAGUAUCCACUCACAUAACAGAGGAGAAACUCCCGUUUUGUGAUUCCAUAAGGUGAAUUAAUGUAAAGCAAUACAUUCUGGAAGACGAAUUCUAGGAGAAAACAUUGCAAACGGUUGGGAAUAUCCAACAGAAUCUUCUACUUAUUUGACAUAUGCAAUUAAUGCUUGGGAUAAUUUAUUCAUGACUCACAAGGACAAUGCAGGGAAAUAAGAAACACAUGGAUGGACUUAGUGACUCCUCUAGUAUAGGGAGCCUCCUGGAUGACACAGACAGAGAGGUAUGUAGCCUCACAGACCGAGCAUUCAAGAGUUUGUGCGUGGCAGAACUUGAAGCAUCUGACAAGGAAUUGGAGCUUGUCAUUUCACCGGAAAUCACCUACCAAUUCUCUAGUAAAAUUCAUCAAGGAUCACUAAACCAUGCCAUCAAGAAAAGUAAUAUCUGCAACAAGUUAUCAUCGAAAAACAACAAGCAUACAACAUGGGCUUCAACAUUCCAGCAAUUACCAAAACGUGUUCAAGAAGAGAAAAAAGUUGCUAAAAACAGCACUGCAGAAAGGAAAAAGCCAAAUUUGCCAAUAUCUGGUCCAAGGAAAAACAAACAUGCCUCCAAAGUGUCCUGUUUGAUUAAGACAUUCGAUAAGACUGAAAACCAAUAUCCAGAAGGUUCCCUGGGAGCAGUUAAAAAUAGUUCUCAAAAAUGCAAAUUAAUUCAGGGAAAUGACAUGGCUUUCUGGGAUGACACAGCAAUUUCAAAUAUCCAAAGGGAACUUUCCCACUUUUCUGAUGUGUGUCAAGAUAACCACUGGCUCAGUGACAAACACGAGGUCCAGAAAAGAUAUAAUAAAAUUGAUGGGGGCUAUUGUGGUCCAGAUGGUUAUCAUCCUGCAUGGAUGGACACUUCAAACGUAUUUAAGGCAAAUCUCACCAGCUCUUCUAAAAAGACAGUCAAAAACAGGCGUGGGAAAGUUAAAGAGCCAGUCAAAAAGGGCAAUUUUCUUCACAGCGAGAACAGUGCUUUUGAAUCAUGGAAUGCCCAUCAUGAUAAACUAAGUGAAAAAGAGGAAUUUGCAGAUCUUAUACCAAAAAAGGAGGAUAUUACACACUUUGAAGAAACACCAUUGGUUAAACCAUCCUACACCUCUGAACAUAAACCACCACCCAGAAAGGUCAUAGGAGCUAGAAUUCAGGAAAAAGAUUUCCUAAUGGAUCUAUUUCCCCCCACAACUGAAUUCCAGGACCAUGUCCCACUAGCAACUGUACCUCAGGUCCUUGGCCCACUAAUACCUGUACACCCUGACCCUCGAGAAGCUGAGUUUCAGGUUCCUAUUCUACCAGCACCUAUACCCCAAGUCUCUGGCCCAUCAACAUCUGUACCCCAGGUCUCUGGUCCACCCCUAGCACCCAUGUCCCAGACCCCUGCUCUCUCCUCAUCACCUGUAUUCAAGUCCCCUGCUCCACCACUGUCUAUGUCCCAAGUCACUUGCACUGAGAAGAAGGCAACCAAGCCUGAAUUGGACUAUAUCUGUCCACCAUGGAGGAAACAGAGAAAUAUAAAAGGGGUAGCGGCAAAAGCACAGGAGAGUUCAAAUGAAAAGUUACAGCUCAGUGGAGAAGAAUUCUCUUUUUAUAAAAAGCCAUCUGCUGUUGAACCUUUUGCUGACACAACUGCAGUAGAUAACCAGGUAAACUCCCCUGAAUCCAUUAGCCCCUCUUUCAACAUCACAAAACUUUUAACACCAAUCAUACCAUUAAAACUAGAGACAGAAAAUCAACCAGUGCUGGUGACACCACCAAUACCUGAAAUUGCAGCAACAAAAGAACAUGAGGGAAGUGGGUUUAGUGACUAUCAAUCUCGGGAUAAUUACAAGUCUAAAGCACCAAGUUUAUUAUUCAACCUGAAGGAUGUUCGAAAACGGGUUAAAAGCACCUAUAGUCCUUCUCCUCUCUUAAAAGAGAAAAAUAAGGCUAAGGAAAACAUGAAACAAGAAAGUGUAAAAAUGAACACUACAGUGUCCACUUUUCUAGAAGAAAGUAGCUUAGAGCUUGCAGAGAGAGAUGAAUUAAGCCAUGGACCUUUGGUACAAACUGACAGUAUCCAGGAAAAGGACAAUAAAACUGAUUUAGAGGGACACGUCACAGAUAAUUACCUAUCUUUAAGUUCAUCCCAAGUAACAGUAGAUACUUCAUUUUACCAAAAUCAGGACCAUUUGCAACAGGAUGAUUCAAAAAACAAAGAUCUAUUGAAAGACACUGAGAACAGUGAAAAUGUGUCUAUCUCCGGACACCAGUCAAACAAGCAUGGUUUAAGGAAAAGUCGACAUUAUCCUUCACUGAAAGGCUACAGUAGAGACAAUGCAGAUGCAAAAGCUGCGCAACAAAUGCAAAUGUAUAAUUUGAGUGUACAAGGCCACGAAAGUGAGAGAGAUGCUGAAAGCCAGAAUGGAAAUGAUGACCCUAAAAUACCCCCAAAACUUCUUUCAUCAGCAGAAGAUGAUGCGCCUUACAAUGCAAAUCAAACCAGUGCAAGAAGUAGCAAUGAAAAUAAAGGCAAAAGCAGCAGUAGUUCUUCCGAAUGCUCUUUUGUGCCCACAGUAGAUCAGCCAUUUCAGGAGGAGCCCUUUUCACAGAUUCAGCUGUUUCAGAAAGCAUGCCUUGAGGAAAGCCAGAGGAGUAGGAGUAAAAUGAAUGUAGAUGACAAGCAAAGUAGUAAAGGGAAAAGGAAACCGGUAGAGAAAGAGGAGUUGCAGUAUUAUGCGUUUAGUAACUGUGACAUCAGCACAGAAGAAAAGCCUGAAAGAAAGGUGGCCCAGGAUGACAGCAAGAGCAUGGCAGAAGAGAAAUUGAUGAGUGAGAAGAGGAAAGAGGUCAGUAGUAUGAAUUCUGCAGCAGAAGGCAACAAGGAUGCUUCCACCUCCCUGUCAGAAGAGCCAGCAUCACCACUGUCUUCAAAUUCAUUCAAACCCAGUCUCUUUCUGAUUAAAGACAACACAUUCAAAUCAUCUCCUGUGAUAAAGGCAGUCAAGCUGCCUCUGCUUAGGUCCCUGUCCUCAGAAGACACAGCCAGUAGUAGUUACAGGGACACAGAAAGCAGAUUGGAAGCUAGUGUAGAGAAAGACAAGCAGCUUUACAGGCAGGGCCAAGGUACACCUACCAUUCAAGAAAUUGACCGGUCAUUAUCAAGAAACAUAAAAGAACAGAAUGCAAGAGAAGAUGCACUAAUCAGAAAUGAGGAUGCCAAUGCACUGGGAUCUACUCCAGCUGGCAUGGGCUUUCAAGGGGCAGAUAACACCAGACUAAUAUGGGAGCCCACCCUUUCAGAAGAUGUAGGGAGUUUUUCAUUAAAGGCAUCAAGGGAAGACAAUGAAGUGACUCAUACUUUAUUAAAUAAAGUUGGGAAAAGUAAUGAGGAAAGUGUUUACCACAACAAAGAGAAGUCCACGGUUGGAAGGAUGAAGCACUACUUAGCACGGUCAAAAUCAGCUUUAGGAGUUAGCUCAGCACAAAACAAAUUGAGCUCCCCUUCAGAAGAGAAGACAAAUUAUUUUAAGAAUUAUCUUUUGUCUAAUCGGAGAGGUGGAUCAUGUGCGAAAAAAAUAAUCACUAGAGAGAUAAAUUCUCCUGCAAUAAGCUCGAUAUUAGAGAACCACGUGUAUUGUCCUGUAACCAGUGACAUGUCAAGAGACAUCAGACACUUGGAAGAAACACCUGCUGUGUUAGAUGAUCUUGAGUGUACCAUUGUAACAAACCCAAGGUCAGACAGCAUUAUGUUCUCAGCUGUUACCAGUCCAUUGUCAGAGAAAAUUGCCAGUUCUAGUGUAACAAAAGCAGAGGAUAUUACAAAUUCCACUUUGUUGAAUUUGGUAACAAAGAACAAUGCUGAUAUUUCUGCAGAGGAAAUACUCGAUUCAAUGCGGAGAAGCCUGCUCACUGAGGACACCAGUGAUUCUAGAAUGACAAACGAGAGAUCGCAGAGUCGUAUGGAGAAACCGCUGGGCAAGCCACCUGCUGUGCCACCAAAAAGUGAAAAGGCCCUGCGGCGAGCAAAAAAGCUGGCAAACAAGAGAAAAAAGAUAGAAGCACAGCAGAAGAACCUUCAAACAGAACACAAAGAUACUGUUGUGAGAAAGCUGUCCUAUUCUGGACAGAUUCCAUUGUCCCCCUUAGCCCUGAUCCAUUCUCCACCAUCUCCUGUGUUCUGUUCGCCUUUCCCUCCUACAGAAUCUAGCAUGGUGAGACUCAAAGGUGCCCAGUCAGUAAGCCCCACACCCUCUUUACCUGCAACUCAGCGUAAACUCCUUCAAGAUCCUGACUCAGGGCAGUACUUUGUUGUUGAUCUCUCUGGUCAAGUUCAUUUAAAGACCUUUUAUGAGCCAGAAACUGGCAAAUACAUCCAGGUACCCAUCCGUUCCUCAGAAAGGGGCUUACACCAAACUGCCUCUUUGGAAAAUUUAAAUUCUCCUUGUGUAUUGUACCCUAGUGCGCUACCUUUACCUGUGGCACCUAUUAGAUCAGUUUCCCAACUCUCUGAACCUCUUUCACUAAUGCAGAAAGUACCAGGAGCACCAGCAGAAGCAGCUGAAGACUGUUGGCAAGAUGGCAGAGAUGCUCAAUCGCCAGAGAGUCAACCCUAUAUUGAACCUGUAUUUGACUCUUACAGACAACAUGCUGAGGAAACUCAGUGUAAUAGUACAAAAGACACAAGUCCAGCUACAAACAUGGACAUCAUUUCAAUCAGUGAUUUAGAGGAUUUUGCUGUCGAAGGGAUAUCUUAAGAACUGAAAUGAUAAAUUAUUUGAAAUAUAAAUAUAUUCAGACAGACUCACAUUCAAGAUUUGUAAACACUAAAAGUCUGAAUCUUGUUGUGGCUUGGGUUGGGUGAAAAAGAAAAUGAAAGCUUGCAACUCCAAAGGGGAGAGGUGUCACUGUGAAAAAAUUUGCUGUUAGGGUGAGCCCCUGGCUUAUCAAUAAAACAAAGGGGCAAUGCUGGCAAAAUCUAAAUCUGAUGGUAGGAAACCACCUACUGCUGCUGCUACCACUGUUGCUUUGUCACUAGGGUCACAAAGAUGGCAAAACUGGAGGUGAUCUUGUCCAGUGGUUGGAAUGGUCUGUGUGACAGGUGACUGGGAGUAAGAGUGCUGAGUAGCACAGUCUCAGAACAGAAUAGACAGCAACUCUAGUUAAGAUUCUUCAUGCUCUCUGUCUUUGACCCAUGUUUACCAAUAGACAAUAUUGGGCUGCGAACAUCAUAUACACUUGACAGAGAGUCACCUUUUUUGUGUACACUGAAAAGCCAGAAUUUAAUGACUAGAUUAUUGUAUGUUGGCUAUACAAAACAGCACCUGAAUUGAAAGCAAAUCAAAACACUGAAAAGUAAAAGCAGCAGCUCUACUCUUCUGAUAUACCUAUGCCCGCUAAAGUGCUGCUAGCAUUUUAAGAUAUAUGAAUAGUUCCAUAUAUUCACCCACAGUUUCAGGAGUUACUACAGAUUGAAACUUGGCCUGGAAAUAGUCUACCAAGGAGCAAAAUUGAAAGAGAUACAGUUGCAAUAUGCUUUGUUAGAAUGGGAAAAUUUUGGAUCAUUGUAUUUCAGAUGCUUUUCUUUUUCUUACCAAGCUCUAGUGAAACACAAAGCUAACUUUAAAAAAAGUGAGAAAUGUUUAGUUGUUCUUUAUUUUGGACUGGUCCAUUCUGUGAUUUUAAAAAGUGACAAGGAACAGCCAACUUAGUAAUUUCUAGAAAGUGCAGUAAGCAAGCAACUUAUUUUGAUCAUUGCUUUUUUUGAAAGAUCUGUAUCAAAUUUGUACCACCCUUUUUUAAGCUCUUUUUUUCACCAUAUACUGGAGGAUACCUUGUCAAAGAUCUGCAUAAUCAGAAAUGCAUGGUCACAAGAUGGCACAAGUAUAAUAUACAGUAUAUGUCUGCUUAUAAAUGUCUCUAUUCUGUGCACUGGUUUCUUUUUUUAUCCUUACCACUUUCAUUUUGUCCUCCCCAAAGGAAAUAUAAAAGUAAAAGCUCUAUGGAAGAAUAACUUCGGGCCUGAUUCUCCUCUUACACCAGAAUAACUCAGUUGUCUCCAGUAGAGUUUCUCUUGAUUUUCAAUUGAGUAAGAAAGGGGAGAAUCAGGCCUUUUGUCUAUAAUUGACGAAAAACAGACAAAAAGCUGAAUUAUAAACAGUAAGUCUGACAGUUGUUGUUCUUGGGUGUAGCCUAACAGGCUCCAGGAAAUUCUGGAUUUCUCAUGAGAGACCUUGUUCUCACGACAUAGACCAAAGGGGGUUGAUUAAACUUCACUUUUUCAAUAUUUCCCCAAACUGAGCAUGGAUUUCAAACCAUCUGAGGUUCACCCAUCGCUGGCAUAAACCUGUACAUUCAGAACCUAUACUAGCCAACCAAAUGCUGCCAUUCAUCACACCUAUUCAAUGAUACAGUUCCCUUAGAGUCAAUGGUCUAUGGGAAUCAUUCUGUUUAUUUCAGUGGGCUUUGGAUUGAGCCCUAAAUUAUUUUUUCAUGCAUAUUUUAAUGAUUGUGCAGAACUAUGCAAAACUGAUGCAAUUUUGUGACUUGGGGGCGAGUUUGCACCUCUCGGAUUUGAGUUUUCAGUGAAGUUCAACAAGAUGUCUAAAUAUAAGCAAAUAUUCUGUGACAAUUCAAAUUUCUAUGCAAUCUUUGACUUGGAGCAGGCUCAUUUUACCUCAGAAAAAUGCAUUCCAGUUUCCCCUGGAAAAGGGGCUCAUUUUUGAGCACAAGCAUUUGUAAAACAUGAGUGUUUCAGGAACGAAUAUCCCUUCUCAAAUCGGUAUGUUAAGGCACGAAUCCAAUGCUGAACUCUUUUCUCUUUUAUUGCCAAUAUUUUGCAAACUUCUAACAUGGUACCAUCCACAUUAGAAUCAUAGGACUGGAAGGGACCUUAAGAGGUCAUCUAGUCCAGUUCCCUGCCCUCAAGGCAUUAUACUUUCCUGUCUGCUGUGCCAACCUUUAUACAACACAACAGCUUAUCAAGCACAAAACAAGUAUGUAUAUAAAUAUUUCUAGCCUUGGAAUGAUUAGAUUUUUAUUUGUAAAUGUUGAUUUCACUGAACACACACAAGCUAUCGAAAAAAUAUUUCCAUCAAUAACAAUCAAAAAUUAUACAUAGGGAAAGAAAGAAAAAUGCUGCUUGAGAACUUAUUAGAAUUUGAUUUAAGGAUACUUACUUUGUAUAUUUUGACAUAUGAUGUUGAUAAUUCAUGUUUUUGCAGUUAAACAGCUUUAGAUUUUUGAAUCUUAACGUCUAUCAUUAAAUAAUUAUUGUUUGACCCCCUUAUUGUCUGAUUCACCAUAAUUUCCUGCAACUGUGAAAAUUUAAACAGAUAAAAAAAAUUUAAAAAAUGCUUAAAACCCAUAAUUUUGUGCAACUGAAAAUUUAAACAAACCAAUAUCAAUAUUAUCUGUCAAAAUUAUAAAAAAUAAUAGAAUUCUGAAAUGUCUAAAUAUUUGGUAUAAAAUAUUCAAUUGCGCGGACAAAGAUGUUGCAAUUUGCUUUUUGCUCAUGCAAAUGGAUAUUCUUCAUGAUUUAUUUGCUUUGCACAUGUAGCUGUAUAUUUUGUGUGCCUACACUCAACAGCCUGGCUCACACUAUUGGAAAUGAGUGUGCUGGCACAAAUGGGAGGUCUUAACAAAAUAAAGGCUUAUAAGAUCUAUUCAAUAUCCAACAAUACUAAGUACAGUCAUCCAUUCCUUCCUCAUCUGAAACACUGCUAAAGUCACCGGGAACUUUGAGUGUGCAAGGAAUGAAGGAGCAGGUCCUAAAUAUACUGCCAGGCAGGACUUCUUUUUACCCAUUUCUGCAGUUAAACAAAGCUCAUUAACAGCUGACUGAGUCUCUAAAAUAGUAGAUACUUGAAAGGGAGCCAUUCCUUAGGGCAUACACAGAAAGAAGAGAAAAACACAUGCACAGAGAGUUUUGAAAACAAAUCUGAACAUGAUUCCUGUUAUAUGUCUGGAGUUUUCCUUAGGAUCCUUCUCUGGGGAUGGAGGGAGGAUUCAGUUUUACUGCCCUGUACCCCAGUCCGGCAAUGACUCUAUAUGAGUGAGCAAUGACUCCAUCCACCUGUAUGGAGCUCAUUGUGGGGUCAGACUCCUAGUGGGCACAAACACUGUUUACUUGGAAUUCUGGGUUAGGUUCAGAAAAAAAAAAAUUCAGAUUAGAUUUAUUAAUAGUAACUAAAAAUGGUUGGUGCUUAUAUUUCAUGUGACUACAUCUUAAAAGCAAAAGAUAUCUAAUGAGAAAAUGAGCAAUAGUUAUGAUUUGUUACGGUAUGGUAAAGCUAAAUAUGUGAAGCAAACAGGGUUAAUAUUCUUAAAAAUAGGGGGCCAGAUACUCAGCUGGUGAAAAAACAGUGCAAAUUCAUUGCCUUCAGUGGAGGUGCACCCAUUUACAUCUGCUGGAGAUCUUGGUAUAGGAAAAAUUUCAUAUAAUUCUUUCCAUCCAUUUUUCAAAUGCAGUUGUUUUAGAUUUUUAUAAGCAAACUGCGUAUAGGCAACACAACGAUUGUAGCAUUACUGUCAGUUUUCUAUUUUUACAUAUUAAAAUCACUUAGCAUCAAUGGUUCUCGUUACUAACAUCACAUGUUUGUGCACCAGAGGAAAAUCAAGUGAUAUCAAAUGUCCACUGCUUUAGAUUUUUUACAUCACUGCACUUAGAAGUUUUGUGAUGCACAGUCCAUCUUCUGUAAUCACAAUACAAAAGUACUAAGCGUAGCUCUGAUUUGUGUGGGGAAUGUGCAAUAUUCUUAAAAAAUAAUGGGCAAUCACUAGAUUGGGAGUCUAACUCCCAAAGAAUAAUGCUGACUUUAAAUAGAAGUGUGAAGCCAGUUCUAGACUAAUGAAUCUAGAACAAAGCAGGGUUUCAUCCUUUCCAGAAGAGAAAAGAUAGGACUAUCAAAAACAAUAGACUUUUUGAAUGCAAAGAGGUACAGCAAAUUGAAUACUGUUUAUGAAUCCUGAUUUCACAAAAGCCUCCUUUUGUCUUACAAAUAGUCUCCUUUGCAUGCUGCAUUUCUUGGUGCUCCGGGGCUUUUUCAUGGUGGUUCUUCCUCAAAGGGCAUGGCUUGUUCGAAAGCUGACCUGAGAUUCCAUAGUCAUUUGUUCUGAGCGCCAGCUUUUUCUCCCUUUGAAACUCACUCCUCUUACCUUUCUAGACAGCCACAACUCCUUCUCCUCCAAAUGCCACUUCUCAGACUGAGGCCAAGCAUCCACACCACCAGUGGCUGCCUCGCCUCCUUAAGAGCUCACGUGGCAUUUUCUCCCUCCUGAAUGUUGGAUUUGUUUUGAUGAAUGCAGUUUGAUUUAACUGGCCCCCAUGUAUGGAUUUUAUAAACAACUCCCUGAUUGUUCAGUCUCUGGCUGGAUCAUCUGUUCCUGAAAUAUCUGUGGCUGGCAUAUUUUACAGAUGAAACUGUAUUUACAAAUUAAUAAAAUUAAUGGGACUUAUUUUACAAGGCUGUUACCCAGCUUUUUCUCUUUAAUUACAUUUCAAUUGUUAAUUGUGCAAAAGAAGUCAAAAGACAAUGAACCGGAGAACUAGCUGGCUCAAGGGGCAAUAAGGACCUAGAGUAGGGAUUGAUUGAAAGAAAAACACACACACAAGGACCUCAUCGGCUAGGGUUGCCAGCUCUGAGGUACAAAAACCUGGAACAUCCAGGAUGAUCCUGAGCCCAUAAAACUGGACAGCAGUCAGUGUAUACUGAGCACCCAGACAGAUUUCCUAGGACAGCUCCCUCAAAAAGAGAAAACCUGGAUUGGGGCAACCCCACCUCACACCUAAAGAGCGGGAGCAGCAGACCGAGGAGAAAGGUCCCAGCCAUAGUGAAGGCCAGGAUAGCUGACCCCCUGCCUGCUAGAACUUUUCUUGCUUUGACGCUACCGCACCUGGCCUUGUAACUGAGUGUCCUUUGGUGGCAAUGAAAGCAUUACUGUGUUUUGAACACAUAGCAAAGCACAAAUGGAGAAAGACACUAGUUACAUGUUUACUGGAUGUGAUUUUCAUACGUACAUUUGGGAGAAAUAUUUUCAACUUUUGUCUCCUGUGUGAAUAAACUGAAAAUUCUGAAUCUAGAUCCUCUGCUUCUGAGCCAAAAACAGCAUCAGAGGCUGACUAUAUUGUACAUGAUGGGUUACAAAGGCUCCAGUGAAUAAAUACAAAUGGGUAAUUUGGAGCAAUUUAAGUACAUCAGUCAUUUUUAUUGAGGAAAUUCUGCUUCAGAGCCAUUGAGGACAUAGAAAGAACAUGGAGUACUUGAGUAAAUUGAACUUUAAUGUUUCUGUAAGCUAUCCAUUAUAUCAGGAGGGGUCAAUGAUUUAUUUAUUUUGAAGUAUGAACUGUUCUUCACCAUGACUAUUCUGGAUCUUCUGCCACUGUAUACUACUGGAAUGCAAGGGUAUAUGUACCAUGGGAAUAAAAUAGGCAGGAAAAGGGUUAAGAUGACCUAUAAAAAAGUGGGGGAGACAGGCCCUUAUCCUGGUUUUCUUUCUUUAUGAUAUAUAAAGAAGUGCUGAAAGGAUGGUGUCUCCUUUGUUUUCCUUCUCACAGUUUGUUACACUACAUAUUCAGGUCUUAUCUACCCUGGAAGACUCUAUGGGCAACUAGAGAACUCGUUCUAUUGUGAUUUCACCGAUACUAAAGAAGCUGAACUUCUAUAACUGAGAAUAAAAGUAAUUAAUAGUCCAACUA